AUGAAAAAGAAAGUUCAUAUAAUUUUUAAUGAAGCCGGGUCAGGGAAAUCUUGCUAUUUAAAAUGGCUAGCUAGGCAACUUCAAUUAAUGGAAGAGUACAGAGAUUGCUGGAUUUCAUUGGAGUCAUUUAACCCGAAGCACUUAGUACUACUUAGAAUAUUUGAAAAAAAAUUCAACAAUCAAAAACUCAUUGUUAUGAUGGACGGAUUUGAUGAGAUUACUCCGAAUUACACAGGCGUGGUACUAAAGCUGUUAGAAACUCUUAAAAACAUUGCAGGAGUUUGUAAAACUUAUGUUGCUAGUCGUCCAUAUGGAUUUAGACAAAAAAUUGAAGAGAAGUUGGGUGAUUGUGGGUUUUAUAGGUUGAAACCAUUUAACCUUUGUACGCAGUCUUCAAUGAAAGUAAAGUUAAAAAGCUAUUAUCAGAUCAACAACACCGCGAAGCAAUCGAAUACAUGA